AUGUUCAUCAAGGGAUUGACGGCUCUCGACAAUGUGCUCGCAUUCGAGGGCGGCGACGUUAUUUUCCAUACGUCCGACCGCCCGAGCGGCAUCUUCGUACUACACAAGUCGGUGCUUGAAGCGAAAGCACCUUACUUCAAAGGUGUCUUCUCAUCUGACUGGGGCCGCAAGCCGAUAUCUCUCACACCUGAAGGUCCUCCUGUGUAUAAACUGGACUUAAAGCUUGAUCCGGAGACAGGAUUUGGGCUACCUUGCUUCAGAGAGCCGACCACAGAUCCCAAUGCCGAGGCUUCCGAUGGUCAUCCCUCGCCAGUCAGUCCCACAGAUGCAUCACCCUAUUUGGACAAAAACAAUGUCAAGCCAUCUGCAGCAUUCCUCUGGAGCGAUCCAACACAUCAUGGACACAAGAUCGCCAAUAAGCACACCAAGCAGGCAAGGCGCAUGAUAGCAGCAUGCCGAGUGCACACUUUCAGCCCAUUCUUUCAUGCCUACUCAGAAUCCAUACCACCGGUGAACACUUCUGUGUACAAGCUUGUCCGCCACGGCAGCUCCCGUAAGCUCGCUCUAGACUUCGUACGCGACAUCUGGCGAUGCUUGAUCAUCGUCAUAUAUGGCAAGCAAAUUCACUUCGAGAAUCGGGAGGCGUCUUCAGCGAAAGUAGCUUUCUUGGCCAACGUUUACACGUAUGCCGAAGUCCUUUGUGCUACUGAAGAUGUCCUGCAAUCAAUACGAGGGGCGCUGAUGUCUCUGCGCGGGAUUUGGGAGCACGCCAGCCAGCAACCGGGAGAGCUGUUCCACGUCGCCUACCACUUUCGGCUGCCUCACCUCUAUCUUGACGCCGCGAAGCACUUAGUCGCAAAAUCCUAUCCACAACCUCUUCAUGUUCUUCGUCGAGGGAAGAGCAAAUAUUACGACGAGGACAAGCUCGCCUUGUUAAUGGAAGGUCGCCUGCAAUAUGACUAUGACACUCACGCCAUCAAAGAUUGGGUUCUCGAACGACUUGCCAACUGGAACCUCAGUGGAGAUCACUUCAAAGUGCGAAAGCGAGUCCUGGAGAUCUUCCGCCGUGAGCUCUUAUCUACGUUGACUAGACUCGGAAGCAAGGUCAGUUUCUGCGGCGUCACAUACGAAACGGGACUUGACGCUCUUCGGCAACUAUACGUUCUGCGCGGCAACCGUUCCGCUGCAGUCAAAGACUUGCUGAAUGGCUCCGGUCCUUUUUGGCGCAAGCAUGAACAGAAGUUUGAACGAAACGAUUUCCAAAAUCAAGUCCAAGAGUUUCUUGCCCACAUCUUCGACAGUCAAUUCUCCAAGAGCAUGCUAUUUUGCGGAUGCCGCAAGUUCAAGUGCCGACAAGAAGACUAUACGCCUUUGCAUAGAGACGAACGAAUUUGCCACUGUCCUGUCUGGCAGAGCGAGAGCCACGUGGCCGCACUCAACAUCAGGGCCUUGUUCAGGGGACGGGAAGUUCGCCCAUGGCCGCUAGGUAGGGAUGACAUUGGCGCAGGCAAGGGCAACAUUGCCAGGAGUUACUAUCGGGAAACUGCCAUUGAAGACAAUACGUUCGAUGCAUGGCUCACAAAUGCCUUUCAAUCAUCUUAUGAUCUCCUCGAAUUCGCCGACUGUGGCUGCUUGUCUGGCUGGCAUGACUCGGACAAGGAUUGUUGUGGCAGCUCGGCCAAUGGUGAUUCGGCCAAAGCCACUGUGAUGACCAUUGUGCCUGCGAGCCAAUCAUUUCUGAGCUCGAUAGGGCUUGGAGCCCAAUUCGCUCGUCUUUUCGAGGCUCAGAACGUUAGGCGUGACCGCGCGAGGGAUGAAGCCGCCGUGAGGAAACAGUACUUGAUGAUGAAAGCUAUGGGGAUCAACUGA